CAUACGGAAUUUGUGAUAUUUUAAAAUCCAAUUUACGGUAACGCUGUAAAGCGUGCUAAUUCCAAAAUACAAAAAUGUUGAAUAAAUUGGAAUUUAAUAAUUUGGUCAUUUCCAACAAGAAAGUCAUACAUAAAGCACGUGCUCAAUCUAUUGCAAAGGUAGUGCAGAAAUUGCGCAAAUUGAAAGAUGCACUGGAAAAACAACCGGACAGCGAUGUUCACAAGGAGCGUCUUCGUAAAAAUGUUGAAUAUAUGGCACAGCUGAAGUCCCUUAAAGUUGUAGAUAUAAUGCGUGCGCUCCUAUUGAAGGAUUCGAAGCAACUUAAAGCGGUUUUAACAAAUGGUCGCGCAACGCCAGAAGAAGUUGCCAUUGCCAUGUUGGGACUGAAUAAAAUUAUGCUGACUUUGGUUGAUAAAUUCCAAAAGAGCUUGAGUCUGAGUACGGAUGCUAAUGCCAAAUGGCGUGAGGAAAUAUUGGAGACAAGUAAGCGGCGUAUCAAGUUGGAGCGCACCGAGGAAAAGCGACGCAAGCGCAAAGAGCUCAAAGAACUGAAAUCACAGUCGCGGAAGCGUCAAGAAUGGUUGGAACAAAAUAAACCUGUAGAGGCUAUGGACGCAGAAAUGGAUUCAAAAAAGGAUUUAAUUACAACAGUGGCAGGCAAUGUAAAAGUGGAAAAAAUAAAGAAAAUUGCGAAAACACCCACAGAUAAAAAGGAAAAAUUGCCGAAAGCCAAGUCAAAGGAAGUCAAACAAAAAACCAUAGAAAAUAAACAGAAAACCCGAGAGAAAUCUAUUAAAAAAGUUGAGCGCACUCCUAGAGUUGUGGAAACAGUGCCUAAACCUCAAACAGUAAAAGAAUCGAAACGAAAUGAAGAAGUGAAGGUGGCUAAAGCUGAUCAGCCAAAUAAAAAGCGCAAAAAAGAGGAAAAAGAGAGACCGACUCAUGUAGAAGAUCCCUUCUUUAUCACAGAGUCGGGAAAACCAUAUUUAUCUACUGCAGUUGUUUUAUCUGACGAAAAUGAAACAGAAGAUGAGGAUAAAGAAGAGCAACUGUCAAGACGGGAAUACAAAAAACCACUCAAUAAAUGGUCAGAGAAUUGCGCUCCUCGUGAUAACAAUCGACAUCCGUCGUGGUUGGCCAAGGAGAAACUAAAGCCUAUUAUAACAGGCUUCAAAGGAAAGAAAACCACUUUUGACGACGACGGUGGCACAAAGCAAACCAUUCCUGCAGUGCUGCCAGUUGCUGCUGCAACUCCAGAAAGUGCUGAGGCUGGAAUGCAUCCAUCGUGGAUUGCCAAGCAGAAACUAAAACCAAAAAUAGCCGCAUUCACUGGGACUAAAAUCAAAUUUGACGACUAGUUAUGGUGUUAUGUUAA